AGUGAAAUUAUUCCCAGUAUAGUAGUUUAGACAAUUCUAAGACACUUCUAUAGCAUCUCUUCCACCCAUUUUUUUUCUAAGAUCUAGUUGAUGCUACCACAGUCUGAGAGAGCUGCUGUUUAUUAGUUGGUAGGCUGUAUUCCGCAUGCACUAGAGUCUGAUACGUGUGCAGUUGUCCUUUGAUUGGUGAGUAUGACUUUGGAUCAACAAUCACAGCACAGUAUAGGUUCCCGCUGCUACCCUUUUGAAUUUAGUUCCAUGAUAUCUUCAUGUUAAUUAUUUCCAAGCCAUCGCCAGUUUUCAUGUAGAAUAUCAUGGUAACGACGGAGAAGUAGGAAAAUCUCCACCCACACAGUGUUUUGCCAACUGAAGUUACUUGCGUGAAGAGUAACCAGCCUUGUAGCUAUAAAGCUGACAAACACUGUCUGUGGAUGGAUCUCAAGGAGUGGGUGAAGCGACCUGGCAACAAGUCCGUCUACUUCAAGCGGAUCUUAUUAAAAAUUUGGAUUGUGUUCCAAAUUUCUUAAACUUGCAUUUAAGGUACAGUUUUUCUUGCUGAUUUUGAAUGUGAAACUCAGGUUUUGCAGAGAUGUUUUAUUUGUGACUUGCAGGUCUAUGAAUCAAAGUGCUGGCCAAAGUGCUUAACAUAAGGUCAGUUAGGUUAAGUGAAGUGAGGUUAGGUUAGUUCUGCCAUGUGCUUUUUCUGAUGGAGACCUUUUCAUGACACCCCCCUCUCUGACAGUGCCAAUUGAAUCUUCAGUCAAUACAUUCUAUUUGCAUAUCUUGGCAUUUUGAGGAUUGCUUCUCUUUGGGCAUAAUCCUCACACUUUGCAUUUUGUGCAAGGCAUCAGUUUUGCUUAACAAAAACAAUGAUUGUAGGUUAUCACUCAUUUUCAUUCAACAACAAAAAACAGACAAUGUUCCUGCAAACAAACUCCAAUAAAAUGUUAAAUAUUUAUUUCCCGCAAAAAAUGAGUUGCAUACUUAGAAUCGGCAUAAACUGUACUAUUGACACAUUUUUCAAUUGUUUUUUAUCACAGUCCAAAUUUUUAAUAAGAUCCCCUCAAGCAGUACUUGGCGUGCCACGUGUUUAUUAAGCAGUUCAGCAAGGACAUGGUUCUACACCAGUUCUUUGGCACUGCCAGCAAGGUCUACCCCCCGCAAUCGGAGAAACAGCAGCCAGUGCGACCUGUGGAUGAUGAUGAGGAGGAGGACCCCAAUGGCCCCAACUCCGAGUCUUUUGAGUCUAAUUAAGGUAAGCACACAGGUGGAUAGGUUGGGUUUAGGGUUAGGUUAAAUUAGGUUAGGUUAGGUUUUGGAUUAUAAUGGCUGUCAUUUCUAUUGCAAAUUAAAUUUUUUUUGUGAUUUUCCCCCACCCAAAACCCCUGGUUCCCACUUGGGGGCCCCCAUUAUCAUUGGAUAAGGGGGGGGGGGUAUCUAAAAAAAAGUGAUUAGCGGUAGAAAUGAAAUUCAGAUUCAUUCAAAACGUACAAAAAAACCACCAGAAAACAUAAUUUCAACUUCCACUAACUUAAAAAUUAUGACAAUUUUCCAACAAUUUAUUGCGAUUUUCUCUGAAAGUAAUCAGGAGCGGAAGUAAUGCUAUAGAAGAAAAGUGUCUUAGAAUUGUCUAAACUACUGAUUCCAAAACUUAAAAUCCUAAAAAUCCCUGGAUGACCAGAAUGCUACCCACCCAGCAUGGAGCCUACAGGCAGAGUAUCCAUUACUGAGAAGGUCAUGUCAAGAUGUCAACUUAACGAAUGCUGUUUCAUACUCAAAGAUACACCAUUAGGAAUCUGCUUACAGUGGCUAUACAGUGAAGAUGGCAGCAAGAACAGUAAACCCAUACCUACAGCAUUUGUGGGAAAGAUUAAGACUGAUGUUAAACUGCAUCCUGUUUGUCUGAACUCAACAAUGGAGGCAGCAAUUUUUGGUAAAGUGAUAAACCCUGACAGCUGUGACUCUACCGAGACAGGGCAUGUAGCGGUGUUAGUGGAGUGUAAGACAGGAGAAGUUAUGGCUGCCCACACGAAACUACCGGGUUGCCUAAAAAAUCUGUGUCGCGCAACUUAUCAUGUGGUCUGGACUGGUAUUCUAGAUGUUGAUGGCAUUCAAGCAGUUGUAGUCGUAAGUAAGGAAUCAGUGGUGAGCUUUGGGGUACCAGCACCUUACUCAGUAUUCCAUGCCUCACAUAAAGUACAAGGAAAGUAUGGGGAAUGCAACUUGGUAUGGAGGACAAAGACUCUUACAUCCUUGGUAAUGACGUGUUGUGGCCACAAAGAUGCCUUGGUCUUCUCUGAUGGUAUUCAGUCUUACUUGUACCUUGUUUCUGUCAUAGCUCAAGAUAGGGUGGAAGUGAGAAGUCACAAAUUACCAUAUGCCGGUGUCAUUAAAAUUACUUGUGAAAAUGUGGAUCGCAUUGAAAUGUUUACCUGUGAUGGCCGUAAAUAUCAGUGUUCCUGGGAAGUUCUGACUGCUCAUAAUAAAGAUGAUAAUCCAAAAGUGAAUUCCAUGUUGCAUGACCACGAACUGCCUUGCACUUAUGAUGGAAUGAUGGCAGUAGUCCGACGGUGCUCAGAUUUGAUGGAUGAUGAGGAAAAUAGUAUAGAAUCAAUGGAUUUAUACCUUAGACAACUAAGGUUAGCACACAGACUCUUAAGUGAACCCCAGUUAUCUUUAUUUUCCACUGAUGUUAGAGUGGAACAAAAUAUUGAACAAAAGGAAUCUUACCUUGUACAUAUACAGUAUGACAGAGUUAAUAAAGAUGUUGACUUAGAUGGACAGUGGUGGAGACUUAGUAUAGUUAUUCUCAGACUAGAUGGAACACAAUUACAGGUAUUCAAUACUAAGCUUAACAGUGGAUGCUUUAAGAGAACUCUGUGUUUGUCUAUAACAUUACCUGCACUUGACCUUAGCAGCGUGAAGGGUAGAACUGUGGAAAGUUACUUGGUAUUAGAGCACUUUUCCUCAUCUCGUCCUGUGUGUCGAGUCCUGGCUUGUACCACAACAAUUGACAUACUUCACUUCCUUACAUAUGAGCAUAAUUUAAGUACAGAUACUAAACAAUUUACAUCUUCAGAUUCUGGCUCAACCUUUCAGAAAGCAGUGAAGGGGACAGAAUGUACAGAUUCUAAAUCUUGUAUACACAGAGACUUAAUUCUUAUCUGUAGAGUGAGUUUUUCCUAUAUAGUAGAAGAUAACACAUCUUUAUUUGGACCAUUACUCACUUUUACUCCAUUAGACCCUGAGGGUGAGAACAGUGUGACUAAUAACCACCAAAUAACAUUAUGGUACCAUAGUGACUGUGUUCAUCUCCAAUUUUCCACAAAAGGCAACAAAACUAUUGUGACACUAGAAGGCUCAAAACCAUCAGUGGUUCUGUCGUUAAAGGUAGCCUUACAGAGGAGGGUGAGAAAACACAGACAAAUUUCUGCACCAGUGACUCACUCUCUAUCAGUGUUGAAACAGGCACGUGAUGUUCAUAGCAUAGUUAUUGAAGAAAAUUCAGAAUCAACACAGAUGGUUAUCAGCCACCUCCACCAUACUAUCACGAACUUAAUAUCAUUACUGCCACUGUGAUAACUUGAGCACUUGUCACAGUUACACAAAAAGGUGCUGCACUGUACUGUAUGGCUAGCAACAUCCCCAGUAACAGAAACAAUAUUGAAUUUAGAGUACAGUACACACCGGUACCUGUUUGGUUCUUAAUUUCCAUAAAGAACUUGGCAUUGUCUGCAAAUAUUUGUAUGGAGGAGUGUAUAGCUUCUGGUAUGUCAUUUAUGAAGCAAACAAACAACAAAGGGCCCAAUGCACUGCCCUGUGGUAACCCGUUUGUCGGGAGGUACCACAGGUGGUGAGAUGAUAGAAUUAUUAAUUAUAGUUUAUAUUUUUUUACUUAGCAGUUUGUAAUCAGAUAUAAUAUUGAUUAUAUAAAACAAUGAUAAUAAAAUGUAUAAUAAAUAUUUUUGUAAAA